ACGACAAAAACAAUGAGUGCCUCCUUGGUAAACACUCUGAAGGGUCACUUAACCUUUAAGGAUGUGGCUGUGGAUUUCUCACUGGAGGAAUGGGAAUGUCUCGAUGUUGCUCAGAGGGCAUUAUACAUGGAUGUGAUGUUGGAGAAUUACAACAAUCUUUUGUUUGUUGAAAAUCAUCGAAUAUGUGGAAUGUAUGGGAAGAUUUUGGAUCAAGACACAGAGUACAUUGUCCAUGAGCAUGUGAAUAUCCAAGAAAAGUCUUCUAAAUGCAAUGAGCUUAGCAAUAUGAUUCAUGAAUCUACCCAAAGUACACCUCAUGAAACUCAUGACAGAGAUGCAUCUCUUCAAUUCUCAAACCUAAGAAUACUUAAAACUGGGAACACUGAAGAAGUUUGCAAGUAUGAAGAAUGUUCAAAUGGUUUAAAUAUCUGUUCAAUCAUUAGUCUCAAUCAAGAAAUCCAUAUAGGAAAGAAAGAGCAGAAUGGAAAUACAGAAUUUGAUAAAGUUUUUUUCUCUAAACCUAAACCACUGGUGAAACAAAAUAAUAGUGGAGUGAAUCCUGACAAAUAUAGUAAACCUGACCACCGUUUUACCCAGAGAGACAAUCUUCAAAUUCUGCAGAGCGUUUAUCCAGGAAAGAAACCUCACAAAUGUAGUGAAUGCGAAAAACGUUUUACACAAAAAUUCAAACUUAAAAUGCAUCAGAGAUGUCACACACAAAGGAAACUUUACAAAUGCUUUGAAUGUGAAAAGUGUUUUGCCCAUAAAUCCUAUCUUAGUGUUCAUCAGAGAACUCAUACAGGAGAGAAACCUUACAAAUAUUGUGAAUGUGACAAAUCCUUUUCCAGAAAAUCUCAUCUUAGUAUUCAUCAGAGAAUUGACACAGGAGAGAAACCUUACAAAUGCAAUGAAUGUGACAAAUGCUUUACUGAAAAAGGCAGUCUCAGAAUUCAUCUAAGAAUUGAUACAGGAGCAAAACCUUAUAAAUGCACUGAAUGUGACAAAUGCUUGACCCACAAAUGUAACCUGAGACUUCAUCAGACGAUUCAUUCAGGAGAGAAACCUUACAAAUGUAGUGAAUGUGACAAAUGCUAUACUUACAUCACAAGUCUGAGAAUGCAUCAGAGAAUUCAUACAGGAGAGAAACCUUAC